AAGAAAUGAGAUAGAGGCCGUAAACAGAGAAAAAGCCUUGUUGGCCUUUGCAUGUUUGUUGUCUUGUUUUGUUGGUGCAGAAGAAAUUUUUAGGCGUUUUCUGCGUUUUUAGUUUCCUUUGAAUCGUAUUUCUUUUAUUAUCAAUAAUAACUGUUUGAAGUUAGGUUUGGAAUUUAGUUUCUUGUGAAACGUUUGACUCUCCAUAAUUAUUGAAGCCACCUUUUAGGAGGCACGGAUUUGGUUAACCUCUUAGGUUAACCGCUGCUUGUCCCCCUAGCCGUCAGUCAGGAUUGAGUCCGGUCAGUUUCAGAUUUUAAGUUCUUGAUCAGAAUCUCACUUGAUUCACUGUAGGCAUUUUCUUUUGUUCUAACCCAAUAACUUAAACUUCAUGACUGAUUUCAUGAAAGGUAAAAUGCCAGCAAUUAUUAUUGAGCGGCCCGAGUGUAAGGAGGAAACGUGGAAAGCUUUAAAGCAUCACAUAGUACGGAUUCGACAAAAGAAAAAAGAAGAACUUGAGGAGGAGGAGGCUGAGGAAAAUCGCCGCAAACAGCGUGAGGAACAGUACCAGAAAGAACGUAUGACACUGGGAGAAACUCGGAAGCAGAUUACAAGCCUUGAGAGACAUUUGGACAAAUUAAGAGACGAAAAGCAUCAGUUAUUCCUUCAACUGAAAAAAGUUUUGAAUGAAGAAAAUGCCAUGCGUAAACGCCGCUUUGAAGAAAUGAGUGAACUCAGCAAACAGUACCCAAUUAUGCCGAUUGGUCCAGGCUCUGGUGGUAUUGCAGGUCAUCAGCAACAAGUGUUCAUCCACAAUGUAGUACAAGCACCUUUGCCACCCAGACACCAGCAUAAAGUGGGGCAUGCCCCGGGUCAAUUAAUUACUGCUUCAGAAGUAACAGAUGACAGCCAUCGUGGUCUUGGCGAAUACGGUGGUCGUGCAGUAUUGUGGAACAAGAGCCAAACAUACAGCACAACAGCAGCACCAGGCUUUUACCCGGGCCACCAUCCUGGCCCCAUCUACUCCAUCAUGCCACCCUCGAUGCCGCCCCACAUCGCCGUCUCAGCCGCGGCGUCCUCUGCCCCGGCCCCUCCGCCCUCCACCAUGGCGUCCGGGCUCUCCAUCUCCAUUGCUGAGAGGGAGAGAGAGCGGAGCGGGAGCGGGAGCGUGAGCAACGGGAGCGGGAGCGCGAACGGGAGCAGCGGGAGCAGCGGGAACGGGAGAGGGAGCGAGAGAGGGAGCGAGAGGAACGAGAAAGUAUUCAAAGGAAGCGAGCGUGAAGUGCCGAUGUUGAUGAAACCCUCGUACCCACCUCGUCUCCCAAUCAAUUAUCAGGACAAGUUCCCUGUGCGACCAUCAACUCAUGUCCCUAUCCAUGGAGGUAUUAUUCCAAUUCAGCAGACACCUCAGGGUGGAAAAACGGGGAGCAUUACAAGUGGUUAUCCAGUACGCUCUCCUGCGCCGCCUCCCACAUCUCAACAUGCAUCACCACAUGCUUCUCCACAGCCUCCACCUAGACCUACAACUUUCCAGCCCGCUGGCCCCAUCAUUCCACAACAAGUGAAUAUUUAUCCCCAUCGUCUGGUAUCGAUUCCUACCACAAGUGGAUCAGGACACAUGCAGUUCCUUCAAGUUAGCCUGCCUUCCUCACAUCCAGGAAGCCACCCAUCAAGCCAUGUCUCCAAUCACCCUCCUAACCACCCCUCAAGCCAUCCCAGUCACUCUUCUAGCCAUUCUGGCAGUCACCCUUCAAGCCAUCCUGGCAGUCACCCUUCAAGCCAUUCUGGCAGCCACCCUUCCAGCCAUUCUGGCAGUCACCCUUCUAGCCAUCCUGGCGGCCAUCCCUCGAGCCACCUUUCCAACCACCCUUCUAGCCACUCCGGCGGCCAUCCUUCGAGCCAUCCUGGCAGCCACUCUGGUGGUCACCCAGGUAGCCACCCAGGUAGCCACCCAAGUAGCCACCCAGGUAGCCACCCUGGCAACCACCCCGGCAGCCAUCCAGGCAGCCAUCCCGGCAGCCACCCAGGAAAUCAUCCAAGCAGCCACCCAAGCAACCAUCCUGGAAGCCGCCCUGGUAGCCACCCCUCGAGUCAUCCUGGCAACCACCCGUCGAGCCACCCUUCCUCUCACCCAGGCAGUCAUCCUUCCAGCCACUCUUCUAACCACCCAUCCAACCACCCCUCUAACCACCCUUCAAACCACCCCUCUAAUCACCCUUCAAACCACCCCUCCAACCACCCUUCCAGCCACUCCUCGAGCCAUCCUGGCAACCACCCCUCAAACCACCCUUCUAGCCACUCUUCGAACCACCCUUCAAGCCACCCCUCGAACCACCCUUCUAGCCACCCCUCGAACCAUCCUUCCAGCCACCCCUCAAACCACCCUUCUAGCCACCCCUCGAACCACCCUUCUAGCCACCCCUUGAACCACCCCUCUAGCCACUCCUUAAACCACCCUUCUAGCCACCCUUCGAACCACCCUUCUAGCCACCCUUCGAACCACCCUUCUAGCCACCCCUCAAAUCAUCCUUCCAACCACCUUUCGACCCAUCCUUCAAGUCACUCUGCCAACCAUCCUUCUAGCCAUCCAGCUAGCCACCAAUCUGGACAUCCUCCACCUCACUCUGCAAGCCACACACAGGGGCAUCCAUCCAGCCACACUCUGACCCACUCAAUUGCAAGUCAUGUAACUAGCCAUGCUGGCAGCCAUCACCCAAGUCAGUCAAGCCAUAGCAUUCAUCUGUCAAGUUCUGGCAUACAUUCAUCAAGUCAUGGUGUCAGCCAUCCAGGAAGUCAUGGACCCAGCCAUCCGGGAAGCCAUGGACCCAGCCAUCCUGGGAGCCAUGGACCCAGCCAUCCUGGUAGCCAUGGACCCAGCCAUCCUGGGAGCCAUGGACCCAACCAUCCGGGAAGCCAUGCACAUCAACAAAUUCAUUCUCUUGGCCACCCCUCAGCUCUACAUCCUCACCAACAACAGGGACAUCAAGGACCCCCAAGCCGUUUCACCAAGUCCAACUUGCCUCGUGAAACUUGACAUUGGAAUCUGUAAAUGUUUGUAAAUAGUUUGCCUUUGUAUCUCAUACUAACUAAUCAUAAAUAAGUGAGUGUAAACAUACUGAUAUAAUGCGUAGAGGUAAGAUUCAGAUUUCUUGUAAAUUUUUUAGGACUCUGUAAAGUUGGUUUGUGUGACAUUAUAAAUUAAUUUUAGGCAUCAUAUUUUGAUUAACUCAAAACCCAGUUUGUUUUGGGGUGUUUAAAGAUUUUAUGGAAAUUAAAAUAAGAGAUGAACAAAUACAUGUCCUUGCUAUGGCUUUA